AUGCACCACAACGCUGGCGUCUUGAUGCCCAUCUGCGAACCCUCCAGCGAAUUUUCGCCACGUUCCAACUCGCACAACCAGUUAUCGUCAAUUCCAUGCGAGGUCCGCGAUCCGUUACCUGGUUACCAGCCCACACAGGACGGCCUACCCGAACCGACGAUGGCCGGCCCGAUCCCCUUCACAUACGCGCAAGUUGAAGAAAUGACGAGAAAUUUCGAUAUUGAGGGAUUUCUGGGCGAGGGUGGGUUCGGAUCGGUUUUCAAGGGUUACCUCCCCACACGCAGCGGCCGGAAAAUCCCAGUUGCUGUGAAAGCGCUUGACACGUGCGGGCAUCAGGGGGAGCGGGAAUGGCUCACGGAGGUUAGCUUUCUCGGGCUCCUGACACACCCGAAUCUGGUCCGUCUAGUUGGGUACUGCGCCGAGGCGGAUCAACGGCUGCUAGUGUACGAGUAUCUUCCACGCGGUUCGCUCGAGUUUUUGCUUUUCGGGGAGGACGCGCUGGCAAACCCGCUGACGUGGCAUCAAAGGCUGAAAAUCGCGUUCGGCGCAGCGGCGGGUUUGGCGUAUCUGCAUGAGGAGGCGGAGCAUCAAGUCAUCUACCGCGAUUUCAAGACAUCGAAUAUUCUAUUAACGAAUGACCUUGAAGUGAAGCUGUCGGAUUUCGGAAUGGCGAGGGAAGGGCCUGACGGGGAGAAGACUCACGUGUCAACGCGGGUGGUGGGGACUGUGGGGUAUGCGGCGCCCGAGUAUGUGCUAACGGGGCACCUUACAACGAAGAGUGACGUGUAUGGGUUCGGCGUGGUGCUGCUGGAGCUGAUGACGGGAAGGCUGGCGCUGGACAAAGAAAGACCACGCGAAGAGCAGAGCCUCGUUGAGUGGGCAUCCCCCUUCCUCUCCGCACCCUCCACGUUGUACCGCAUAAUGGAUCCCGCCCUUCGCGGCCGGUACUCCGCCCGCGGCGCACAAAUGGUCGCGGCGAUCGUCAAAGAGUGCCUGCAGAAGAAAGCCAAGCGCCGCCCAAAAAUGUCCGAGGUGGUUGCAGCGCUGCGCCCAGUGCUUGAUCUGCAUGACAUGGCGGGCUUUUGCGCUGAGGAUAUGCGGGCGGGCUUAGGGGGGCAAUUUUCUAUUGGGGGGAUUGGCAGCACUGCUAAUAACGCAACCGGCCCACAGCGUUUUCAACGAAGUGAAAGCGCAGGGACCCUCGAAGAGAGUGCGUUCAAGAGAAGGUCAAUCUCCACUUCCCCGAAUGCCAACGCCAACAUGAACGCUGGCGAUGCUGUGCGAGUCGUUGUGACCAUGGACAAUGACUGUUGCCAAGCACAGCCUUGCGUGUUUGCUGUUCCGCAAAACAACAUCGCAAGGCAUGGGCUGACCGUGUCACAUCGCGGCAUGGGACAGAGGCAAGACGAUUCUUCAGCAGCAUCUGCCAACCUGCUUCCCAUGGAUCUUCGCACAGACAUGUCAGAGCGGGUCAUGGUUCUGGACCUGAACGCUCCAUGGAGCCAAGAAGGCCACAUUCCUCAUGACUUGACCCCUGGUCAGGCGAAGGAUUCAGCUUUCUGGGAAGAUCGAGAAGCAGGGUAUGCAGAAGGUAAUGCAGAAUCUCAUUUGCGGAAGGGAUCUGGAGUGCUGUCAGCAUCCCCAACAGGACCAAGGAUACAAGUAAUGGAACCAGUGCGCACAGAUCGUGCUACAGGAGAGGCAUGUCGACCUGGAUUCAAAGCGUGGAGACCUUCGCCUUUGAAACAACAUCAGCCUGAAGCUGUGGACAAGGAGCAAGUCAUGCCAUCACCGCCAAAGAACAGUUUGCCUGUGCACACAGCCAAGCCAGCACUGAAGCUAGUGCCUCCUCUCCGAGGAGGAAGGUCCAUGGCCCCUAGGAGUGCCUGGGCGAAGCAGCUGCUUCAAGACAAUUCUGACGUUGACUGCGUGGUGAAGGGAGGCAGGAAGAGGAGGGUGAAGAGUCUGGGACCUGCUGCUGAGGGUUUGGAGAUGAGCUCAUCUUCUCAGAAGAUUGUGAAGGGGAUGGAGAGGAGGAGGAGAUUUAAGUCCAACACAGAUGUGGGAGUUUCAUCAGGUAGCGAGGAGGAGUUGGAGAAAUCGAGCUACGCAUUGCCAGCUAUUCAGCCGAAAGGAGAAUUGUUGCAUCGCAUGGAAGUGCUGCUGCUUCCCUGGGUGGGACUUCACCUUAAACCCUCGGGCGAGAUGUUUCUUGCGAAUGAGUCACGCUUCGCUCUGACUCCUAGCAGCAGCAUCAUCCCAACCUUUUUCCAGCAAAAGCGACUUCCUUGUCAGCGGCUUUUUCGGCGCAUAUCCUGCAUUCCAUCACUCGUAGUUAAUGCUCUACGUAGUGACCACGGAGUUUCCUCCAUCCCCGCUCCCGUCGUCCCAGUCCCCGCAAUCCUCGGCGCUGCUGUCUCUGCUUCCGAGAUUACUCCAGCAGCCGCGCAACCGUCCGCAACCCUUUACCCAGACGGGGAGAUUGGCGACAUGGAUAUCAGCGACCAGCACACGGUAACACUAGCGAACAUCCGCAGCUCGCUAAUUCGGCAAGAAGACAGCAUCAUAUUCUCGCUGAUCGAGCGGUCGCAGUUUUGUCGCAAUCAACCUGCGUACGACGCGUCAGCUAUGCCUGUGCCGGGGUUCGAAGGAUCGCUGCUGGAAUUCGUCAUGCGGGAAACGGAAGUGCUACACGGAAAGGUUCGGCGCUACACAAGCCCCACUGAACGGCCGUUCUUCCCUGAUGCCAUUCCACCUCUUAUUCUGCCUCCCUUGAACUACCCCAAGGUGUUACAUGAUGCAGCGAACACCAUAAACAUCAACGCCAUCAUAUGGAAGAUGUACUUUGACGAUCUAUUGCCAGAGAUUACACGAGAUGGCGACGACUUCAACUACGGCUCUGCUGUCACAAUGGACGUGCUCUGCCUGCAGGCUCUCUCGAAGCGAAUUCACUUCGGGGCGUUUGUCGCUGAGGCAAACUCAGCAACGAGUCAAAAGUUAGAAUCCGCAGUAUUAGACGGACAGUUACAAAUUGAUUUCGGACAAAGACAGCUCCAGAGCCGGGAGGUGAUAGUAAAAGAUGUGACUGUAGCGAAGAGGGACUCGACGCUCGUUAAGAAGUUACUGAAGCUGAAGGAAGGGUUGAUGGAGAGGCGGGCGGCGCAGAUGCAAGGCGCGCUGCGAUGGCUCACGGAGGUGUCGGCCAACCUGAGACCACCGCUGCUGGCGCUUGUAACGGAUCGCCUUGAAAGGGACGCGGAAAACGCGUAUCUCUUCACGCUUGGUUCGGGCCUUAAAUCACUGGGAUACGCUAUCGAGUUGAUCGCGCAGGAAGGAGGGCCCAUGGCGGACGCGUGGAAGGGCCUGGCCGUGCGUGUGACUAUAACGGGGAGGCACAACACGAGCCUGUAUCACAUCGACUGGCUGGAGCAUCGCACCAUCACUCCUCUCACUCGCGUUCCUGCUAUCGUCUCCCGCACCUCUCUCCCGCACACCUCUCCCGCACCUCUCUCCCGCACCUCUCUCCCGCGCUUCCUCUCUCCCGCACCUCUCUCCCGCACCUCCUCUCUCCCGCACCCCUCUCCCGCACCUCCUCUCUCCCGCACUUCUCUCCCGCACCUCUCUCCCUCACCUCUCUUCUGCCUUGCGAUUCCGCCUUGCUGUCGCCCGUGGGACUUCCUUCCCGUGUGCAGCUACGAGGGAGUGUUGGCGAACUCGUUAGAAGCCACUCCGUUUAUUGCAAAGUUGGCGCAAGAGCCGUUCACUGAAGUCCCGCUGGUGUGGAUCGUGCACGAGGCUGACGUGGCGGACAGGCUGGCAGUGUACGAGUCCAGUCAGCAUCUGCAAGGGCUGAGGCAGCAGUGGGUAGAGCUGUUCGCUCGGCCUGACGCCGUUGUGUUCCCCUGCAUGGCACUCAAAGAGCGAUACCAAUCCCUGAACACUGGAAACUUCCUGGUAAUUCCCGGCUCGCCCACGUGGACGUACGCUGCGACCCGAUUUGCUGCGUCGCACUCGCCAGAGUCGGAGCGGGCGGCGCGUCAGAUCCCGCCUGACACGUUCACUGUAGCAGUGGCGGGAAACCAGAGGGUGUACCAGGGAAAGUGGCGGGAAAGAGCCAUGGCCAUGCAUGCCGUUCAAUCAUUGCGAGCGCACGUGGUGUUUAUGGGUAACUGGAACAGCUCAGGGUCACAGUCGCAGCUGGCGGUGCUUAAAGUGGUAGCGAAGCAUCUGCUUAUAGCGAAUCUGACGUGGGGCGUGGGGGAGGCGGAAGGGGAGGAGGGGAUGGGCGUGCUUUUGGCGAGUGAUGUGGUGGUGUGGAGCUCGGUUGAGGAGGAGAGGGAGGUGAAUCCGCUGCUGGUGAAAGCGCUGGCUCUGGGGAAGGUGAUAGUGGUGCCAAAACUGAUCAAGAUCCGAGCAGAGCUGACCAAUGGCGUGCACGCUCUUUUCUACGACCCCGGGAAGGAACCUUCCAUGAAGCAGGCGCUCCUUAAAGCCGCGUCGCUCUCGCAGUCUGACGCGCUUGCCAUGUCAGCGUCGGGCCGCGAGCUCUCAUUGGCCCUGGGCGCGCGCAGCGUAGUUAAGGAGGUAGCGAGGCUGCUUGAACGGGUUAUGGAAGGGGGCGUGGGGAUUAGGAGCCCCAGGCCGGCUGAUUGGCUGUGGUGGGAUAAGAAGCAGGCGUGGAUGUGGGGCGAAGAGGGCGGAUGGGGGUGGGGAGAGGGAGGGGACACGGUAGGAAACGGAGGAACGGGAGGGAUACGGGGAGGAGGAGAAACAGAGGGAGAGGGAGAAGGGAGGGGAGAGGGAGGACCAGGGACGAGAGGUGGGGGAACGAAGAGGGGUGGGGAGGCGGAAGAGGGGGAGGAGGAAGGGGAGGAGCGAGUGGAUGUAGGUGGGGGUGUGGAGGAAGGGGAGGCUGUUGUUGUGACGGGAAGGGAGAGUGGGGUUAUUGGAGGGAGGAAGGUGAUAUUACGGGAGGGUGACUAUAAGGGGCGAAGGAUGGGGUUGAAGGAGGGAGGCAAGGAAAGGGAGGGCGGUAAGGAGGGCGCGGUGGGGAUGGGAGGGGAAGAGAGAAGGGAUGUGGCAAGGAGUGAGGGGGGUGGUGGGAGUGUGAGGAGCGAGGGAGGGAGUGAGGGAGGGAGUGAGGGAGGGAGUGAGAGGAGGAGGAGUGUGGUUCUGCAGAUGGAGGAGGAGUGGGAGGAGUUGAAGAGAAGGGAAGCGGCGUUGCUGAUGGGAGAUAAAACGAGGGAUAGCAUGCUCAUGGCUGAGAUGGAUGGUGCUGAGGAGGCGGUGGGAGGUGGGCUAGCAGAGGCUGACAGAAAUGGUGGUGCUGUUGGCGUGGUUGAUGGGGUGGGAGGGUCUGGUGCGGUUCUGAGUGGUAGCAAGUCAAGUGCAGCGGUUUCAGCGCAGGAGAGAGGAGCAGCAGGAGGAGGAGGAGCAGCAGCAGCAGCAGCAGCAGCAGCAGGAGUGCCUGAGCUCAAAGCGCCUGAGGAGCAAUUGGAAGCUGAUAUUCUGUGGGAUCGCAGGGAACAUGAAUCCCUGUCGUGGGAGGAGGUGAAGGUGGGGGUGAAGCGGGCGGAGAGGAGUGGGCUGCACGAGAGGGACGACGGCGACCUGGAGCGAUCAGGCCAGCCCAUCUGCAUCUACGAGCCGUACAUUGGCAAUGGAUCCUGGCCGUUCAUUCAUGACAAGGACACCCUGUACCGUGGAGUUAGCCUGUCGCGCUCCUCUCGCCGCCCCAACCUGUAUGACGACGUGAACGCGUGGGCGCGGCUCCCCAUGCUCUCCUCGCCCUACUACCGCGACGUGCUCUGCGACUUUGCAGCCAUGCUGGCGAUUAACUACCGCAUAGACAGAGUCCACAGGAACCCCUGGAUUGGCUUCCAGCCGUGGCGGGUCCGAGCAGAGAAUGUGGGGUUGAGUGGUGCUGCGGAAAAGGCGCUGGUUGGGACUAUAGAGAGGGGGACUGUAGCGGAUGCGGUAGUGUACUGGGUGAGUACUGUAGACCAGGUGGAGAUUCAUAGGGAUCCGCGGAGUGCGGCGCUGGGGGAGGAUGGGGAGAAGGUGGGGGGGGGGGGGGAGGCGGGGGAGGCGGAGGGGGAGGAGGUAACUGCAGAUGAGGAGGGUCGAUUGCAGGAGGUAACUGCAGAUGAGGAGGGUCGAUUGCAGGAGGUAACUGCAGAUGAGGAGGGUCGAUUGCAGGAGGUAACUGCAGAUGAGGAGGGUCGAUUGCAGGAGGUAACUGCAGAUGAGGAGGUCUCCCGUCCAACUGGCCUGCCGCCCAUGCCCACGGGAGGAGGCACCUGGUCUUCCAUGCACGCAUGGGCCAUGCCCGCUCACAACUUCGUGGAGUUCAUGCUCUUUGCACGCAUGUUCGUUGAUGCCCUGGAUGUCAAGUUCUACCAGAGACAUGCGGCCCAUGGCACAUGCCCGCUUGCUCAGAGCCAUGCAGAGGAGCGGCACUGCUACUGCCGAUUGCUUGACAGGCUGGUCAAUGUGUGGGCGUACCACAGCAGAAAGAGGAUGCUGCUUCUGAACCCGCACACUGGCUCCCUUAAAGAGCAACACCCUGUCCCCACGCGCUCUAAGUCCCGCUCCCGUCGCGCCUGGUUCCAAUGGUUCUCCCGCCCGGUACUUAAAGCCAUGGAUGAGGAGCGGGCAGAAGAGACGGACGACCCCGCCCACGCGAUCAACGGGCGGCGGUGGCUUUGGCCGCAUCUGGGGGAGGUGCAGUGGCAAGGGUCGAUAGAGAGGGAUAGGAUGUUUAGACUGUGGCAGAAGGGACAGAAGGAGAGGAAGAAGAAAGAGAGAUUAGCGAGAAUGAGAGUGAGAUACAAGCAGGAGGCGUUGGGAGGGCCGGUAGUGAAGAAAUUGGGGGAGGUUGGGGGCGUGGCGGGGUUGGGGAGGAAUGGGAGUGUUGUGGAUGGUGGUGGGGAGGAGGGGAAGAGAGGAAGUGGUGAUGGCGGCGGCGUUGACAGGAGUGGUGGUGUAAGCAAGAAGAGUGGCAGCAGCAGUAGCAGUGACACUUCUCAGGAGGAGGUCAAAGAGGGCAGUGACACAAGGUGA